CCACAGCCCUCUCAGAAGGAGCACUGUCACGGUCAAAGUGGAGAGGGUAGACCCAUGUCCAUACGUCACUAUGUUGCCUCCAGAAACCGGGUUAAUCUCCCAAACUAACCAGUAAACGCAUUCUUUGUUGCAUUCGGUUGACACCAUCGCCACCACCAGUCGGUCAACAGCCAGAACACCCCUUUCAAGGCUUUCACCAACCUGCUGUCUCAUGGGCCAACCUGAGUACGCCCUCAGCGUCCAGAUAGUGGCAGUUGUGAACUUUGAAAUACUCCACAUCAUCGCGACAUUACUAUGACUUACCAAAUGAAGACUCAUCGAUAAUAUACUGAAUGCUGUAGUGUUAAAACUGUGGUGAAAAUAUGGCAUUCGAUUUAUCGCAAGAAGAGCAGCAAAUUGUGCAACUGCGACUACUGGAGUGCGAAGCGUUAACAAAUUCAACAAACAAUAGUAUUUCCGAGCCGUAUUGUCCUACUAGAUUUGAUGGAUGGUCAUGUUGGCCAAAUACUCCUGGAGGAUCAAUAGCUAAUCAGUCCUGUCCAAAUAUUCUAACCUUUGAUGCUAACAGAAAAGUAUUUUACCCAUGUGAUGAAGAUGGCAAAUGGUUAUUUUAUCCAGCGUUUAAUAAAACGUGGGUAAAUUACACAACAUGUGUUAACAUCGAAGAUUUUCAGUUUCGCCAACAGAUCAAUCUAAUUUACUGCGUAGGCUACGGGGUGUCUCUGGUGGCUCUGCUCGUGUCUCUCGCGCUUCUUACAUACUUCAAAUCAUUAAGAUGUGCUCGAAUUACAGUACACAUGAAUCUAUUCUCAUCAUUCGCCAUCAAUAAUUUUUUGUGGCUGCUCUGGUACAGCAUGGUAGUAAACGACCAGGAAGUGCUCGGAGAAAACAAGUUCUGGUGUCGAGUACUGCACGUGGUCCUCUUCACUUUCCUAAUCUCGAAUUAUUCGUGGAUGUUGUGCGAAGGCAUCUAUCUUCAUACCGUGUUGGUGUCAGCUUUUAUAUCCGAAAGGCGCCUGUUGCGAUGGAUGUUAAUAAUAGGUUGGGGCAUCCCACUUCUGACAACCUCUAUUUACGCACCCGUACGAAGUAUACACGGAAAGACAUUGGAAGAGGUCGGGAGAUGCUGGAUUCAAGACGGUCGUUUCAACAUAAUCCUCAUGGUGCCAGUGGUCAUUACCGUGUUCCUCAACGUGAUAUUCCUGGUCAACAUUGUCAGAGUUCUCUUAAUCAAAUUGAGAAGGGGUCCUGCUAAUGGCGGAACAGGAUCUGGUGCUUCCCGAACUUCGCUACAAGCUCUCAGGGCCACAAUGCUUCUGGUGCCUCUACUGGGCUUGAACUUCCUUUUAACCCCUUUCAGACCAGAGCCCAAUCACCCUUGGGAAUACGGUUAUGAAGUUAUGUCGGCUAUGACGGCCUCUCUACAGGGUUUAUGUGUGGCUGUUCUUUUCUGCUUCUGCAACGGAGAGGUUAUAGCUCAAGUGAAAAGAAAAUGGAGGAUGGUAAUGUUUCGCCCACGGGCUAAUUCUUGCACAGUCACCACCGUGUCGGUACGUAAGUUUGUCCGUUCUUCCUAUCCCGCAAACGGCGAAGAAAAGGUAUGACUGGGUGCAAUCGGCCGCCGUGCUUCCCACUGGAUGGCCGCAAGAAGAGCUUCAACCGUAAUCGUUCGUAACAUUGGAGAAGCAACUGCUCAGUGUGUCUGAAAUAUGGAGAGUCCAAGUGUGUUAUGUUAUCUUCCUUUAGUAUAAAUUAGCAACAUGUGACGUUUUUAACCAAAUAUCUUGAUUUUGUACUAUUUAAUAUACGGUACCUAAAUGUAAAAUAAAAGUGGUUGUAGCAAAAAUAAAUGUUUGCAAAAUUAA